AUGGAUAAACUGAGCAAGAAUUUAGAUAAAUUUUACACUUAAAUUUAUAACUAAAAAAAAGUAGUGAGAAAUACUUCCAGGGAUUCAAAUGAUCCAUCAAAUACUUCAAUUGAUAUGUAAAUGUAAAUUUUAUAUUUAUUUAUUUUAGAAAUCCUUAAAAAUAAUAGAAAAAGAAGACCUAUAUUUUAAAAGAAGAUUGA